AUGGACUCAGUGAUAUCUCGAAGCCAAUCUCUUUCCUCAUCAACUACAAUAAACAAAGAUUUGAUCGAGGGAACAUAUGGCUUUCUCGAUACACUCUUUCCUAUAUACGAACAAAUUUCUAAAAUUAUUCAUACUCCAAUACCUUUUAAUUACCUUACACUCAUCAUCAUUUGCAUUCAAAUCUUCGCUCAAUCACUUUGGGCACGUAAAACUUUGCAUUUGACAACAAAUCGUGUAGAUGAUACAAUUAUUAGAAAAGUUUAUGAAUACUUUCUUCUCAAUGAUCCAACUGCUCACUACACCGUCAACAGGAUAGGAUUUUAUGUUGUAAUUGCAGUUUUUGCUGCGUCAAUAUUACUAUUUUUCAGUGUAUUAAUCCAGUACAAGGUCACAAUUUCAUUUAACAAGCCUUUAUUGUACAUUUAUCGAUGCUAUUUUGAUGUUGUAGUUCCAUGUUUCUUAUUACCGACAAUUGGAUUUGCUGGCCAAUUUUUAUCAGGCACAUUACACAAGGAAUUAUCAUUUGUUUACAUAGUCCUUGCAUUUGUUGCUGGUAUUAUUGCUGUUGUUGAAUUUUCAAUUUAUUAUUUUCAUUUUUCACUUUUAGCCAGCUCACCAUAUUUAGGCCGUGGACCAUUUGCAACAUUCAGAGGCAAAUACUUCACUAAUUUCAUGCUUACUGCCUUUAUUUUUGAAUUCAUAACUUAUAUCUUUGAGCUCUUCCCCAAAUGGGCAUCGAUUAUUGGUUGCUUUGCAGAAGCUGCCGUUUUCAUUUAUUUUGCAGUUAUUGGAGCUGACCUUCCAUACCUUGAUUUCAAAGCAAACGCAAUCUUCUCAGGAAUCUUCACAACAAUAGCAACUGUCAACAUUAUUCAAGGUAUACAAGGAAUAUAUUUCCUCGCGGACAUAAUAUCUCUUAUCGCUUUCCCAGUUGUUUUAAUUGUCUCAUCGAUAAUUUACUUUUUCGUUUAUCGAUCAACGAAAUAUAAAAUAAAGAAGUUCCUUAACAACCUCCCAGAAGACAGAGAGAAUAUGUCAGCGAUGAGUGAAGAAUUUGACAACAAUCGCAUGGAUUCUGAUAUGAAUUACUAUAUAAAGCAUGUUAUGGUAUCUUUAGAAAGUGUUAAUGAAGUUUUUAUCAACAAUUUGAUCUUUAAAUACGGUUAUGAAAGAUAUUCCGAACCAGAAUUGAACAGAGUCCUUUUAAUCUAUGCUGCACAGAUUCCUUCAUUCAAUAGAAUCCUCAGUUUCGGAUAUUCCAACUUCUUUAGGUCCGUAAAGCUCACUUUUCUAAAUCGUUUCCUGAUUUACACAGUUCUUCGCUUAGUUACAAUGCGACAGUCAUCAUCCAGCCAGCAAUUCUCUCAGAGAGUCAUAGAAGUUCGUCAACUCUCCAAGAGAUGCUGUGAUUUCGUCAGAGGAUUUUUGAUGCAAACUCCAACAAAAGUUUCAUCAUUCUACACGUUCUAUAAAGAAGCCAUUGCAGCCGAAUACAGAUGGACAGAGCUUAUUAACCAUUAUCCCAACUCUUCAAAGGUAUACGAUGAAUAUGGCGACUUUUUGAUCGAAGUUAUGACUGAUUUCCAUGAAUCCACAAUUCAGAAGCAUAAAACAACUUUGUUGGAAGACGGACAUCGUCUCCACAAGGAUCAUGUCUUUAUUAAUUUUAUUCAUUGGUACCAACACUACCUAAAACGAGGAAUUGUCAACAUGCACGGUAAAAUCAUUGAUCAAAGGAAGAAGGCAACCUCUAAUUCAGGCACAAGUACCUCUUCCAAGUCCGGAUCAAACGCAUCUUCUUUGACAUCUUUAACACAGCUCUUAGAAAUCGCACCUGAAGAAGAAGAGUUCUAUGCCAAAGCAUUAUUUGCACAGCACAAACUCAGAUUGGCCUACCAGAGGGCAAUUGAAGAAAGACAAAGUCCAUUUGCAAAACCACUUAAGAUUUGUGUAUUUCUCAUUUGCGUUUUCUGUAUUGCAGUGAUGAUUGUUAGUGAUACCAUUGUUAACUCAUUCUUCGAGACAAGAGCUUCAUCAAUGUCCAAAGUCAUGUACAUAAACAGAGCAAGAUUCUUCCAAUCAUGCGCAAGAUUUUCAUCACUUUUGUAUCUCGCAACUGAAAAAGGUUAUUACACAAUCGACGACAACGUUAAGAACAAAGCAGUGAAAGAUAAUGACCUUAAACCAUAUAUAUCUUUCACAAACGAUUUCAGGAACCAGUCGUUGUAUUAUAACCAACAAAGUGAAGAAUAUUAUAAUUUGUUCAUUUCCGAAAUCAUUAAUUACGCAAAUGCAGGACACAAUGUUUAUCAUGUUGCAAGUCCAUUCGUAACGCAAUCCGUUGAAUCAUAUUUCUGCACAAAAGAUGCACAAAUACUCAAGAACUCUUCAUUAACAAAUAUACAUACUUUGUUCAGUUACAACAACAUUGCGAAUGCAAUUAUGUAUACAGUUAAUGUCGAUAACUGGCACAACAACAAGAUUUUGUGCAACACAGUUACAAAUAUGCAAGGAUUAGUUGAAGGAUUAGACUUAUUUAAUGAAAAUGAAUUGAAUUAUGAGAAUGAAGACACAUUGGAGAAUUCCCAUAAGAUAGAAAUAAUGGAAUUAUGUUUCCCAUUGGCUUUGUUUGCUGUUGAUUUCUUUUUGUUUAUUAUUCCAACAACUUGCUAUUAUUUCAACCUCAAGAGAAUCUUAAAAGUUUUGCAGUCAAUUCAACCAAAGAUCAAAGAAGAAUCGUGCAAGACUAUUGGAAAAUCAAACAAUGAUGACCAAUCAGCAGUUCAGCCCCCUGAAUCAAUGAUCUUCGUUUAUGUUUAUAUCUGGGGAAAUGUUUCUUUAGUUAUUAUCCCAAUUUUCGCGUUCGUUGAAUUCAAUGAAGCAAAAAGUGUCAAUAAAAAGUUCGAGAGUUUAAUUGGCUGGAUGAACUUAGGUGGUGCCAGAUGCCCAUUGCUUAGUGAAGCCAUGGAACAUCUCACACUUGCUGCUUUGACAAAAUCAGGCGCAUUAACUUUCACAGACAAACACGAGCAACUUGAAUUGGCAGAAAGUUUAGUUGGUGAAGCAAUGCAUUUCCAUGAAGUUGUUUCAGAAGGAACAGACAUCACAGAGCCAUGCUAUGGAUUUGAUUCGAAACUUGAUGAACUUCACUACGAGAAUAUCUGUAUUGCUGAUCAAGAAUCAACAGAAAUACAUGAAAGAUAUCGCUGUGCAAGUUUGUCUCAAAGUUUCGGUUUCGUCAAAUCAAUUUUAAAUGAUAUUGUUGUAAGAUUUGAUGACAUCGAAAGCUUAGAUGAUCCAAUCUACACAGAAAUCUUCCAUCUUGCAAAUACACACAUGUUCAGGAAGAUCGUUGCCGUCACAGAAAGAUUGGAUUAUUUAGGUCAAGAAUACAAACGGAAAUUCGAAUUGUUGGCAAUAAUUAUAACAAUCAUUGGCAUUGUUGUUAGUAUUUUCCUGCUGAUGAGUCAUAUGUUCAUGGCUUAUCAAUUGGAUCAUAUGUUUGAGGCAUCAAUGAUGAUCUUUAGACGUAUUCCUCCUUUAUUGAUCAAUCAGAAUCAUGAACUGAUGGAUUUCUUGUUGAAUAGACAAAGAAAAGGAUCAAAUGAAACAAUGACAUUCUCACAGAACAUCAUCUUCUCAUCACAGAACGGUGUUUUACUUGUAAACAAAGCAGGAAUUGUUGAAAAUGUUAAUGAUAGUGUCAUUGACAUUCUAGGUUAUGUUCCUGACCAAAUUUUGGGUCAACAAGCUGUUAUCAUUUUCUCCGAGAAAGAUGGUCCGAAAAUCAAUCAACAAUUGCAAUUGAUGCAUGAUGGUGAAGCCAAAGAUGUCUUCGAUGAUCACUUCGAGUGCAUCACUCAUGACAACACAACGAAACAAUGCCACGUAACAAUUUUGGCAUUGGCUUCUCAAGGACAAGGAGAAAUAAACACUUAUGUCUUCUUCAUUGAAGAUGAAAGUCAAAUUCUCCAUAAACAAGAGCAGGCUGAAUUGGCAAAGAAGAAAUCAGAAGAGCUCUUGUUCCAGAUCCUCCCAAGAGAUAUCGUGUUCAAGCUCAACCAGGGUGAAAAGGAUAUCACAUUCACUGUUCCUUCAGCAACAAUCAUGUUCAUUGAUAUCGUCAGAUUUUCAGAUUAUGCUGCAAACUUAACACCACAACAAAUCAUGGGUAACUUGUCAUUGAUUUUCGACACGUUUGACAAACAUUUGACUGAUUAUCCUUUGAUCACAAAGAUCAAGUUAAUCGGUGAUGUUUACAUGUGCGCAGCUGGCUUGUUCACUCCAGAUGGACAGCUACAAGAUCAUGCCCAACAAAUGUUAAGAUUUGCAAUUGAUUGUUUGGCAGAAAUCGAAAAUAUCAAUGUAGCUUUGGAAUCAAUGCUUUCCGUGAGAGUUGGCGUGAACACAGGCGGCCCACUGAUUGGUGGUAUCUUGGGAACUGAUAAACCUGUCUUCGAUAUCAUCGGAGAUCCAAUUAACGUAGCUGCAAGAUUGCAAUCAACAGAUAUUCCAGGAAAAGUUCAAAUUCCACAAUCCGUUUAUGAUUUGGUCCACGCAAUGGAGUUCAACAUCGAAAAGAGAGGUGAAGUUUACUUGAAAGGUAAAGGAAACGUUACAACCUACUUAGUUUCACCUGUCAACAUAUUCAACAUGGCAUCUAAUAAUAUUACGUCAUCAAUGUGUUUGAUGACAUUCAAAUAA